AUAUUUUUUUUUAAUAAAAGAAAUUUUUUUUUUUUUAUUAUUAAGUCAAUCAUUUCAAACAACUCUUUGUAUAUUUAUCUUUUCAAACAAAUAAAAUAAAUUAUUUUAUUUCUGUACAUUUAAACAAUCAAUAAUAAACAAACAAGCAAAUAAAUAGUCCUCUUAUCAUCAACCUCCAAAACAAUAUAAAGAAAAUGUUAUCACCACAACACCAAAGUUCCGAUUUUACUCCAUUACCAGCCAUUAAAGUAGGAGGCGAGCAUGGUAUGAGAGUACCAAAAAGUAAGGGCCAUAAAUCAUCACCACAUACUUCCCCAAUAAUGACCAAUUUGGCUACAGCAAUGGAUACUACAUACAAGAUUGAAAAUACUGAUCCAAAAACUAGUCCAGUUUAUCCACCAAAAGAUAAAGCUAAGGAGUGCUCUCCAACUAUCCAAGAAAAUCAUAAAAAUCAACAACGUCCAUUAAAUCAACCACGUUAAGAAAAAAUAGAGAGGGAAUUUUUACAAAUCUUUAAAAGGAUAAAUGUGAAUAAUCCCAUCAGUUUUUAAAAAAAAAAAUAAAAAAAAUAAAAAAAAAAAAAAAAAAAAGAGAUUAUAUAAUCUCUAUUUUUUUCAAUUGUAAAUAC